UUAAAUUUGGUGCAUUAGUGCUUUCCACACUUUUUUUUCAAAGAUCAAUAUUAAAGGAGGAUUUUUUGAGACAUACAAGCUGAAGAUACUCUCCUGAUUAAUUUCAGACAUUUUUGGUGUCCUUCUUUGCCUUUGGCAGAAUGAAAUUUGGCAAAUACAUAUUUCCCACUGCAGGAAAACAAUGUGUCUUUUCAUAGCUAGGAAUCAAGUUUUGGCAAUUAAAUUAGGACCGAUGUCCAUUGAUCUCAGUGGAAAACCCUAUUAUAAGAGAGAGCUCUUAGACCACAUCCUGCCAUCAUUCUGCACUGAGAACCCCUUCUAAGGUCAGCAAGAGUUUUAUGCAAAAAUAUAUAGCAGGAUGUGGUCCACUUAAGGGCACUCUAAAGGUUGAAGCUCUAAACUGCACCUUUCCUUCUUCAUUCUCUUGCUAUUGGUCCUCUAAAAUCAGGUCUUCAGAUGAAACAAAAUCCCAGCUUCUCAGGUGGGUGACCGAGCACAACUAACACGGACAUUAGGGUCAUCUGUAAGUAUGGACACAAGUAUGAGGCAAGCCUGUGCCAUUGCCCAUUGUCCCCACUUUGCUUUCUCUAUCCUAGUAAGCAUGGGAUUGGCUGCAUCCCUUUAACUUCUGAGGAGAAUAACAACAAGGAAAGAAUUUCUGCUUUAGAUUGACCAGUGACUUUGGCAGGUGAAAAGUGUUGCUAAUUAUUAGUUCAAGAGCAAAGCUGGAUGAGUGGCUCAGCCUUCAUUACCACAUGCCUUUCACCUGUGACCAGCACAAAUGAUUUCCUUGGUCACAAAUGAGCUUCUAGCUUGAGGGGUGAUUGGAAGAUCGAGUAUCAAAUCUGUAAAAUCUCUAAACUUCUUAGAACCCCUGAUUCAAAGAGAGAGAGAGAGAAAAGAAAAACUAUUUCCCUUCAGUUUACUGUGUAUAUGCCUUUCAACAGAGAUCUUAAAGAUUGAGGUGUUACAGAGUGGCAGUAGCAUAGGUUGCUAGCUAGAAUUCUUGACUGGGAGUUAGAUGGAAGAAGUUUGACACACAGCUCUGUCACUGAGUCACUACUUGAUUUUGGUGGAGUUACUCUGGUGUAUAUUGACUGUAGAUGAAGCAUUGAGAAGCCAACAGCAUUUCCUCAGCCUUGCACUCAGUUUUCAUCAGCCUGAUGGUGAAGAACACAGGGUGGGCGUAAUGUGAACAUGGUUGCUCAAUCCAAGGAGCAAACGCACUUUUCUGCAUUCUACAUGAGCAGCUUAUUGAAAAUGCAGAGUGAGAAGCAGGAUCCAGUAAAUUACUAUGUUGGGAUUGAUGUUGGAACGGCAAGUGUUCGUGCGGCUUUGGUAGACCAAUUUGGGACAAUAGUGGCACAUUCGGAUCAGCCAAUCCAAAUUUGGGAACCCCAACCAGACCACUAUGAGCAAUCCUCUGAUGACAUCUGGGCUGCUUGUUGCACAGUGACAAAGAAAGUCAUCCAACAAGUAGAGGUUGCCUGGAUUCGAGGGCUCGGUUUUGAUGCUACGUGUUCACUUGUUGUUGUGGAUAAGCAGUUUCAGCCCUUGGCAGUUAAUUAUGAAGGGGAAUGUAAAAGAAACAUCAUUAUGUGGAUGGACCAUCGUGCAGCCAGUCAAGUGGACAGAAUCAAUGGAACUCAACACAGUGUUUUGAGCUACGUUGGGGGAGUGAUGUCUGUAGAAAUGCAGCCGCCUAAGUUGCUGUGGAUGAAAGAAAACUUGAGAGAGUCUUGUUGGGAAAAGGCAGGCUACUUCUUUGAUCUUCCAGAUUUCUUAUCAUGGAAAGCAACAGGUGUCACUGCAAGGUCUCUCUGUCCAUUGGUGUGCAAAUGGACAUAUUCCCCAGAGAAGGGCUGGGAUGAUAGUUUCUGGAAGGUGAUUGGCUUAGAAGAUUUGGUGGCAGAUAAGUAUGAAAAAAUAGGAAACCAAGUCCUGUCUCCUGGAGCUUCUGUUGGAAAUGGCCUAACGCCAGAGGCUGCAAAAGACCUCGGCCUUGCUGAAGGGACUGCAGUAGCAGCAUCUCUCAUUGAUGCACAUGCUGGAGGACUAGGAGUGAUUGGAGCAGAUGUGAAAGGAUAUAACCUGCCCUGUGAAAAUCAGCCAGUUACGUCCCGGCUUGCUGUGAUCUGUGGAACAUCUUCCUGUCACAUGGGGAUAAGUGAUGCUCCCAUUUUUGUGCCUGGUGUUUGGGGUCCCUAUUACUCAGCCAUGGUGCCUGGAUUCUGGUUGAACGAGGGAGGCCAAAGCGCUACAGGAAAACUGAUAGAUCACGUAGUCCGAGGCCACGUUGCCUUCCCAGAGUUGCAAGCAAAAGCUGCAGCCAGUGCUCAAAAUAUAUAUGCAUACUUGAACAGUCACCUGGAUCUGAUUAAGAAAUCUUUGCCUGUGGGUUUCCUCACUGUUGAUUUACACGUUUGGCCAGAUUUCCAUGGUAACCGAUCUCCCUUAGCAGAUCUGACACUGAAGGGCAUGGUUGUUGGACUGACAUUGUAUCAGGGCCUUGAUGAACUCGCUCUUAUCUACUUGGCCACAAUUCAAGCCAUUGCUUUGGGAACAAGACAUAUUUUGGAAACUCUGCAGUCUGCCGGGCAUCACAUCAGCACUCUGUUUCUGUGCGGUGGACUGAGCAAGAAUCCCCUCUUUGUGCAGAUGCAUGCUGACAUUACCGGCAAGCCCGUUGUCCUGUCCAAAGAGGUGGAGUCUGUUUUAGUUGGUGCUGCUAUUCUUGGAGCUUGUGCUUCUGGAGAUUUCGCUUCGGUACAGGCGGCCAUGGAGAGAAUGGGAAAAAUCGGGAAAAUCGUGCAGCCAGACCACAGGGAUAAAAGAUUUUAUGACAAGAAGUAUGAAGUGUUUUUGAAACUUGCUGAACAUCAGAGAGAGUAUAAAGCCAUCAUGCAAGGCGUAUAAUCAACAAUCAUAUAGUCUGGGAACAACAGGGAUCACAGAAUUUCCAGGGGUUUACAACUAAAAGUUCAUAGGAAUUUUGUCUCUUUGUCAUUCAAUUUAAAACAAAAUUGUUCUCAUUUUAAUUUAAAAAUCUAGUACUUUCACUACGUGCUGCUGCACUGAGUAAUCUUCCAAGCCACUGCACGCCCUUGGACUAUAGAUUGGGGUUCUCAACCUAUUUCUUUCUGAGCCCCCCCUAACAUGCUAUAAAAACUCCACAACAACGUUUUUUCUGCAUAUAAAAGCCAGAGCCGGCAUUAGCGGGUAGCAAGCAGGGCAAUUGUCCAGGGCCCCACACUACAAGGGGUACUGCGAAGCUAAAUUGUUCAAUCUUUGGUUUCAGUGCCAGGUGAUGGGGUCUGGGGCCCUGGGCUGAAAUCCUGCAUGGCGGAGCUUUGGCUUUCUGCUCUGGGCCCUAGCGAGUCUAAUGCCGGCCAGGCUCAGUGGACCCCCUGAAACCUGCCCCAGACCCCUGUUUGAGAAGCACUGCUAUAAAUGACCAUUGACUCCAGUUUAAAAAAAAAACCAGACAUGGCACCAGGGCCAACACUCAGGUAAUGACCAUGAGCUGGAAAAGCAGAAGAAAGCAGUUAAUUGGCUCACCAAAGCAAACCACUAGUGGCUAGGCUAGAAAGGCUGUUGCAUUUUUAACAUGGAUUCUGCUGUACUGUUUCAUAAGAUGACUAGCAAAGGAGGCCUACUGCUCCGUUUAAUUCUAGCACCACUCCUCUGAUACAGUUAAGAUUGACAUUGAAUUUUCAGGUAAACUCCUACUGUCCGGAGUGUAAAAUUUGAUGAUAGCAUUUCUGUCUGGGUGCUGAUAUUUUCGAAACAUGCUUGUGACCUGGAAUUUGUGGUUUGGUUUUUUCCUCUCUGAUACACCACAAAUUUCAAAAGUAAUUUCAAGGGGAAAAAGUGUAAUGGGCAUUGCUUUUUAUGUGGGUGAUUUCCCCCUCCUUGCAGUGUCAGACACUUGGCUGUCCGAUAACUCAAUCCAUUUUAUCUAUGGCAAGUGAUUCGUCCUUAAUGUGCACCAAUCAUUUUGAAGAUGGAAAAACAGCCAGCCAUUAAUAUUUAAAGAUCAGAUUGCGCUGAAGCAAUUUUUUUUAAAGCAUGUUUAUAAUGCAGGUACCUUUCCAUGACUCUCAGAUGCUAAUAAAACAUCUGCUGGCUGCUUCUCAUAUAACCACCAAUGAAGCUGUCCAUAUGAAUCCGUGCCCAUCCUCACAUCAUAGACAGGGUCUGUGUUUGGUGACACAGGAGACAUGAAACUGCGAGUGUUGAGCAUGGAGCCCCGAUGUAUCGUAAGUGCAGGAGAGGCACAGUCCUGCAUUUGUGUCUGCACAAAAGACUUCCCAUGCUGUGUAUUGUAAACCAAAGAGAAACAGGGCUCCCUUGUGAGAUAUGAGGGCCCAGUCCUGCAAGAAUCUGAGCACCCCCAAUGACUUCACUAAGAGUUUCAUAGGAGAAACAAACAUUCUGUUACUUAUCCAUGAUUUGUGUAUUUGUUAUUGUUUGAACAGCAGUGCCUGGCAAGUUAGGGUUUUAACCCUGUUUAAAAAGCAAAAGGAGACAGCAUUCACCAUGAAAGGGGAACAGAGGUGGAGGUAGAGACAGAGGUAUCUUAUCAGCCUUAAAAAAAAGCGCACAGCCAACCAUGCAAACUAAUUGUGACUCUAUUCUAGAUCACCAGUGACAACAUUUUUAACUCCUAAACUCCCAGCCUAUUCUUUGGCCACUCACGCUGAGCCCUUACUAUACAACAGCAAUAAUUAUAGUACAUUUAUAUGAAAUGUGAUCCCAACUUUAUUCACUUGGCUUAAUGGAAAUUCCAUUCUUUAGUAUGUGCAAACAGGAGUCACCUGAUGACAAAAUUAUACUCCAAAUACCUUAAAAAUAACAGCCAGUUUCUGAAAAAAAAAUUAAUGUUAGUAGUCAGUGCUCAAAAACAUCUGGCAACUUUUUUAAAAAAAGAAAAGACAAUAUAUUUCCUGCCUUGCAGCUCAUGGAAAAGCAGGUGCUGCCCACUCCGUAGUACUUAGUAUGAGUAUCUAUCUAUGCUUUCUGAGUUCAUAGUUAAAACCAAUGACAGUUGAAGGGUAUAAAGUGGGGGGAACAUAAACACAGGGAAAAGUGGGGUUCAAUAUUGGUAUAGGAUAGGAUGAACUUCAAGAGGAUGAUAAGUUAUGUCAAUUGAAAAUACGUCACCCCCAAAAAAUCCCACAAAUAUGACUGUUAGAGACCAGUAUAUUGUAAACAAUAAAUAUUCAUAUUUAUAUAUAUACACACAUACAAGU